UUGCGCCGCUGAUGCCCCGACCAAGCCAUCCGAAAUGUAUGAAAGGUGCGCGCUGAUUGGUCAGAAAAACUCGAAUGAUACGCUCGAAGUUCGUGCUGGGGAAGGAGGGUGACUAAACAGAGGGAAUGAACUGAUGGCUUUUAUGGUCUUUCUUAUUAAAAGUUGGUCUUUGCGAGCGGAGAAAAUAACGUGAACAGGUCUGUGGACGUGGCUGAAGUCCGGAGAAAAGCAACAGGAAUCCGGAUUGUCGCACAGCUGCCUGCAGGUUCCCGGAUCCAGAGACAGCAGCAGAAGCAGAAGCAGAAGCAGAGAGGAGUAUGGGAGUUGGAGGCCAGCAGACUGAGGCUGCAGGUGUUUUCUCCUGGGAGGAGGUCCAGAAGCACUGCAGCAGAAAUGAUCGGUGGUUGGUCAUCAGUCGAAAGGUUUACAACAUCACUCAGUGGGCCAAAAGGCACCCAGGAGGAUCUCAUGUCAUCGGCCACUAUGCCGGAGAGGAUGCUACAGAGGCUUUCACAGCUUUCCAUCCUGAUCAAAAGUUUGUGCAGAAGUUUCUAAAGCCUCUACUGAUUGGAGAGCUGGCGGCGACAGAGCCAAGUCAGGAGGGAAACAAAAAUGCAGCCAUCAUACAGGAUUUUGAAACUUUACGCACCCAGGUGGAGAAGGAAGGACUUUUUAAAGCCAAACCUUUAUUCUUCUGCCUCCAUCUGAGUCACAUCCUGCUACUGGAGGCUCUCGCCUGGAUGAUGGUAUGGUACUGGGGGACGAGCUGGACUCUGACCUUACUGUGCGCUGUCAUGUUGGCAACAUCUCAAGCGCAGGCUGGAUGGCUGCAGCAUGACUUCGGUCACCUCUCUGUCUUCAAGAAGUCCAAGUGGAAUCACCUGGUCCACAAGUUUGUUAUUGGACAUUUAAAGGGAGCUGCAGCCAGCUGGUGGAAUCACCUGCAUUACAAUCAUCAUGCCAAACCAAAUGUCCUGAGCAAAGAUCCUGAUGUCAACAUGUCGGGCGUCUUUGUUCUUGGAUCUGUUCAACCUGUAGAGUAUGGCAUAAAGAAGAUCAAACACAUGCCCUACAAUUACCAGCACCAGUACUUCUUUUUAUUGGGGCCGCCUCUUCUCGUCCCAGUCGUCUUCAACCUGCAAAAUCUAAACGUCAUGAUUUCUCGCCGAAGCUGGGUGGAUCUGGCUUGGUAUUUGUCCUUUUAUAUUCGAUAUUUCUCCUGUUACGUGCCCCUAUAUGGCUUUUUCGGCUCUGUGGCUCUCAACCUCUUUGUUAGGUUUUUGGAGAGUCACUGGUUUGUCUGGGUGACUCAGAUGAACCAUCUUCCAAUGAAUAUAGAUCAUGAUAAGAACAGAGACUGGAUCACUAUGCAGUUACAAGCCACAUGUAAUAUAGAGAAGUCCUUUUUCAACGACUGGUUCAGCGGACACCUCAACUUUCAAAUCGAACACCAUCUGUUUCCGAGAAUGCCGAGGCACAACUACCACCUGGUUGCUCCGAGGGUCCGUGCGCUGUGUGACAAACAUGGGAUCUCUUACCAGAUGAAGACGUUAUGGCAAGGCAUGACUGAUGUCGUCAGUUCACUGAAAACUUCAGGUGAUCUCUGGCUUGAUGCCUAUCUUCAUAAAUGAAGAGCUGCUUAUAAAUCAAGUGAUCUUCUUUUGCAUCAACAACAUGUUGUGUGUUGAGAAUAAAAAAAUACCUGAAAGUGCAA